AUGCUGUCCACCCACGUCUUACGAUCGAAUGCUCCGCCGUUGGACGAUGGCGAUGGCUUGGAUCUUACCAGCAGGAUACUCCAGGAACACUCCGGCAAUCGUCAACACAAUGCCUACCCCUUCCCAACAGGCUUUGAGCAGAAAUGCCCGACAUCACUGUUGACAGAGAACGCCUAUUCUCGUCACCAUCAAUGGACGGGACAUCACAAUGAUCACCAGCAGCUCUAUUACCCACGACCACAUCCCCGGCUUGCAUUACGACAUGGAUAUCCCCGGAUCGGGCAUCCCCAGUGUAGCCCGCAGGAGGAGGCGAAGAAUCAGGUCGAGGCCGAAUUCCUGUAUCAACGGUUCCGGCAGUCGGAUGCGUAUGUGAAGUACCGUGGCCGACAGUCCAAAGACGACAAGGGCAACGAAGACCAAAAGUGGCCUGACCAUUUGGAGAAGGCGUUCUUUCGAGCGUUGGUGACAUGGAAGCCGAUGGGUCGCCGCAAGAUCCUACACAAGAACAAGCAGCGUGGCCGCAACGAACUUAUCGCCGACUGCAUCCAGGAGUUGACCGGUGAAGAACGCUCGCGGAAGCAGGUCUCCAGUCACAUCCAGGUCUUGAAGCCCUUCGUGGAGCAGGACAAAUACAUCAUGAAGUAUCUGUCGAAGGAAGACCUCUGUGCUCCCCAACGCCAUGGGCAUGCUUCCGGUUGGGGCGGUGGCAGACGAAUGUCGGGCUAUCCGGUCAGCUCGGUUCCGCACUCCGCUCGAAACGCCAUGCCAUCGCAACCUCGAACCAACAGCUACAACAUCGCCAAGUUGAAGGCUAGUCCUGACGUCUUCGAGCCUCUUGAGUUCGAGAUGUUCAUUCAACGAGUCUACAAAGACGAUCAGGGCAAGGAUCUCCGUGAGCCCGACAGGCUUCACACGUACACACGAUCGGGACGAUCAGAUGUUCCUCCUCGUGAUGAAGACCUCUAUAUGGACGACUGGCAGAGGAUCGCUCGCGAUUUCCCGCUGUUGACUAACCUGAGCGGUCAAGGCAGGCUCGACUGCAACAUCAUUGCUGCUGAAGCGACGCUUGCAUUUCCCGCGGAAGCGUUCAAAGGCGCUCUUCCGGGAGUUGAACUCGGAAUCAAGUUCAUCUGCAGCAGCCGACACCCACCACCGACCUCAAAGAACGGAUCAAGCUCUGUCUUCUGCAAGAACACAUUCUAUGUGAAUGGAGCGGUCGCCACUCCGGUCACCGACCAGGAGCAAAAUCCAGAGACGACCGAGCUCCACUUUUCACAGAUUGAGAAUCGACAGGAUCUCGAGGCUCAAAGCAAAUUUGGUAGCAAGUUUUGGGCUCGAAAUCUUGGCCAAAUGGCGAACAGGCUGCUCAGCCCUUCGAAGGACUACAGCGAAGAGGUCGCAGCGCAGAUCAAGAGUAUCAACGGCAUCCAGGAGAUCUUCAUCCUCAACAAUGGCCAUCCGGAACGACUGCUUGUAAUACACUGGAGCUUCAGGCAGUCUACUAAGCCGGAGGGUGCUGCGCGGUGGCGACGCCUGAUACUUUCGUCAUUGGCUCCACAGUCUUCCCAGCUUGGUGCAGGCGUUAAGCAUGAGGAGUAUCCUAGGGUUGAGCGGCAAGACUCCAUCUUCGACGGCUACUCUCACUACGUCGACAUGUCUGCCUCUCGGCCUCAGCAGCAGCUUCCGUUACCUGCGCUGCAGUCUCCAUUCGAGUAUGAUAGCGGUUCCGGGUCAGCAUUGUCUUCUGCGACAUGGCCUGGAUCAGCCAGUGACGGUAGCGUGGUCGGUCAGAACGGUCACUUCGACUUCAACACGGACAACAGCUUCGACUUCAACGCUGGAAACAUCAAUAUCUCGUACGACCACAACUUCAACUUUGACAACCUCGACAGCUCCGCCUUCGACUUUGGCACUGGCACCGGAGACUUCGCUGCCGAUCCAGGGCUCGACGACUACUCGCAGGCUUGGGCAGAUCCCACAGCGACUGCCUCCUUCGAUACGCAACCGAACAGCGCUGUCGAUGAGAACACAAACUUCAUGUUGAUGCCCGACUUCCAGCCACAGACGGCUACCUACGACCAUGCUUACGAUGCGCAGUACUCGCAGCACUCGUAUCACGGCGUCCCAGAGAGCCAGUCGUACCAUGGAACUCCUCACGAUCAGCACAGUUUCGAUCAGCAGGCGUUUGGUGUUGCUGGACAGGAGUUCAAGGCGGAGGAUGCGUUGGGAGCGCUGGCGGACGCGUCGUAUUUGGCCAGUGGCAUGGGGCAUAAGCAGGCGGAUCCUUUUUAG